GUUGUGGUUGCUCUUCCUCGGGGAGAGGGGUCCGGAAGGUGAGAAAGGCGGCUUAUUUUGGGGAACUAUUGGACCCCGGGACGGCUAGGGUCCCGCGGUAGCUCCCCAGCCUUGCUAAAGGCGGCGGGCUGCAGGCGCAGGUGGGCACACUGGGUGCCACCUCCUCCCGCUGUGCCCGUCUGGAGCAGAAGGCGGCGAGGUGCGGCCGCGCGCUCCAGAGUUGGAGGGCGGCGCCCGGGACCCUGGUGGGAGCUCGGCCGUGCGGUGCAGUGGGCGGGAGGCGGCGCCGGCCCGAGAGCCCAGAGGGCGGAACUCGAGCUCCGACUGCCAGAGGACGGUGUGGGCAGGCGCAGGCAGAGUUCCCUGGGGGUGGAGACGGGCACCCUACCAGCCAUGGUGCGCGCCCCGAGCCCGCCGUCGCCGCUACCCGUGGUCCCGCUGCUGCUGCUGCUGCUGCUGCUGCUGCUGUCGCUGCUGCUUGGAACCGGGGAACCUUUUCCCACAGAGAGCUGGCUCUUGAACAGCUGUGUCCAGGCCAGGAGGAAGUGCCAGGCCAAUCCCACAUGCAAGGCCGCCUAUCAGCACUUGGGUUCCUGUGCCUCUGGGCUGAACACCCCCAUGCCCUCCGGGAAGCCUGCUGCCCGAGAAGACUGCCUAGAGGCAGCCCAGCAGCUGCGGAACAGCUCCCUGAUGGGCUGCUCGUGCCCCAGGCGCAUGAAGAACCAAGCUGCCUGCCUGAACAUCUACUGGACAGUUCACCCUGCCCGCAGCCUUGGUGACUACGAGCUGGAUGUCUCCCCGUACGAAGACACAGUAACCAGCAAACCCUGGAGAAUGAAUCUCAGCGAGUUGAACAUACUGAAACCAGACUCCAACACCUGCCUCAAGUUCGCGAUGCUGUGCCUCCUCAAUGACAAGUGUGACCGGCUGCGCAACGCCUAUGGGGUGGCGUGCUCGGGGAGCCACUGCCAGCGCCAAGUCUGCCUGCAGCAGCUGCGCGCCUUCUUUGAGAAGGCGGAGCAGCCCCUCGUGCAGGGCCUGCUGCUGUGCCCAUGCCUGCCCGCUGACCGCGACUGUGGGGAGCGCAGGCGCAACACCAUCGGCCCCAGCUGCGCGCUGCCCUCGCCGGCCCCCAACUGCCUGGACCUGCAGCGCCUCUGCGUUGGCGACCUGCUGUGCAGAUCACGCCUGGCAGACUUCCAGACCCACUGCCACCCCAGGGGCAUCCUGGGGACUUGUGCAACAGAGCAGUUCCGAUGUCUGCACGCGUACCUGGGGAUGAUCGGCACUGCCAUGACCCCCAACUUCGUCAGCAACGUCAACACGAGUGUGGCCUUGAGCUGCACCUGCCGAGGCAGUGGCAACCUGCAGGAGGAGUGUGAGCAGCUGCAGAGGUCCUUCUCCAGUAACGCCUGCCUCGAGGGGGCCAUUGCAGCUAAGAUGCGUGUCCACAAGCAGCUCUUCUUCCCGGACCUCGUAGCCCCUGUCCCUCCUGUGAUGGAGCACCAGAAUAAGAACUCUGACCUGAGACCACAGCCCUGGGUUCCCUUUCUUUUCUCCUGCACACUUCCUUUGAUUCUAUGCUGUAGCCUCUGGUAGCUGCACUUCCCCGGGGACCUUUUUCCCCUCUACAGCACCCAGCCCGGCCUGCAGCCUUCGAGGGGAGCUGGAAGGUACAUACACAGCGUGGCGCCCUGUUCCGCACGUCUGGCCCACUCCAGAUGAGGUCCUGGCAGCAGCUGUGGGAUGGGGCCUCCAGGUCUUCACCGGCGGGUUCUCCUUCCCUCACCCUUAACCCUACUUCUCCUCCUUAGGACUUGGGGACCUUUAACCAUAUCUUCUGGGGGUGGCCAGCUCCACCGAGCUCUCUCCUGGCACCUCCCUCUGGCUCUGCAGGAUCUCCCGAGUCUAGCACGUCAGUCGUUCUCUGUGGCAGUCUCUAGGUUGGCAGGGUUGGCAGUUACAAGGCAGCCUAUAAGACCUUCCCUUAGAACAAAGCUUCUGUAGGUAAGGAAGGGAAGAAGAGUGUAGCGGGGAGGGGGAAAGAAAAGAAGCAAGACAUGUCAUGUACAGGUACAAAUUCCCUAGAUGAAUGUGAUCGUUCUGUGCAUCUAAAAGGUACUGAUAAAUGUUUUGCCUCCCCGCAAAAAAGACCUUCCUUUGUGCCCCUGCCCGCUCCUGUGAGUGGAGGAUAGGAGCCCAUUGCCCUCUUCUGCUCUGUCAGAGUCCUAGAGGUCGUUUGGGCGUCAGGAGCAGAAGACUUUGGGCCUUGCUGUAUUUCUACUUCUGUCCCAAAUUUGCCCUGAAUUCUUGGAUCAUAAUUAAACAU